CGAGAGGCAAACAAGGAGAGGAUAACGACGCCGUAUAUGACUAAGUAUGAACGGGCGCGGAUCCUUGGCACGCGGGCAUUACAGCUCAGUAUGAACGCGCCUGCCCUUGUGAAUACAGAAGGAGAGACAGACCCCCUGCAAAUCGCCAUCAAAGAGCUCGCAGAGAAGAAGAUUCCUCUGGUCAUUCGUCGCUAUCUUCCGGAUGGCAGUUUCGAGGAUUGGAAAGUGACCGAAUUGGAGACAUACUGA